AAAUAAUGUAUUCCCUACAUAAAGUAAUGUUUACAAGCGUGUUGUGGCUGGUGCUGGAGGCGGUGUGUGAAGGCCUGCGUCAGAAGGUAGAGUUCCUGCACAACACAUGGGGCGCUGCCUUCAGGAGGCUGAUCUACCUGGAGCCUCGACCCUGGCUCACCAGGAGCGUCUGGUCGCGUGUGCCUCUAGUGGGCACUCUCCCCCACCUAUACGAGCUCUCCUGCAGGUGGUGGCAACUGGUGGGCGGCGCCUGGCCACCGGCAGAGGCCUCCUGCGGCUACGGUGUCGUCAAAUUUGCGUUGGCGCUCGUCGGAGCCCUCCUAGUGGCUUGGGCCAUCGGGUCUUUAUUCUCUAAGAGGGACGUGGUCGAGGAGGAGGAAGACGAGGACGACUUCCUGCAGGCCAUGUGGAACAUCUUCUGCAGGACGCUGGUGGCCUAUUUGGUGUCUGACGCGUGCAAAAUGAGCUCCUCCAGGAAGCGGUUAGUCCUGAUGGCCUGGUAUUGCUCCAGUGCCUGCUUGAGGCUGGUCAGGAACGUAAUUCAGUGGCGCCGUAGGCUUGUGUCCAGGGCUUCCUUCGUCACCAGCGUGUUGGUGUCGCGCCUGCAGGGCCUAUUCCAGGUGGGGGACACGGAGCUGAGCGCGGAGCUGAGCCCGGAGCUGAGCACGAGGCUUCAGUACCGGAUGUUCGGUGGAUGUCAUUCGGCGGACGAUAAAAAGCCAAAGAAGAAGAAAACGCUAUGCCAGAAAAUCAGAGCCGUGCUGAGAGGCUUUUGCAGGUGGGUCGAAAAGGUAAUUUUUGCAAUAAUAUUGACAAUAUUUUUAAUCCUAUUAAUAAUUCCUAUAGCGGUAAUCGGCCUGGUUUUCGUGCCUUUGUUCGCACUCGGUUACAUCGUGAGUCCAGUAACAGGUAUUUUCACGGCUCUUGUUACCGUUCUCUUAAUAUUAUGUGUCUUUGUAGUUGCUGUGGUCCUAUUCCCGCUCUUCUUCAUCGUUUCACUGUUGUUCCAACAUCUCUACCCAGCCGACCAACCGACCUGCACAACUGAAGGUCGACCUGCACAACUUUCUACCAGUUCCGUAGCAACUUGCUGAACACGACCUGGACGGUUUACUGUUGUUAGGUGCUGGAGCGGCCAGCUGCUGGAGCGGCCAGGUGCUGGAGCGGCCAGGUGCUGGAGCGGCCAGGUGCUGGAGCGAACCCCGAGUGCUGGAGCGAACCCCGAGUGUUGGAGAGAACCCCGAGUGCUGGAGCGAACCCCGAGUGCUGGAGCGAACCCCGAGUGCUGAAGCGAACCCCCGAGUACUGAAGCGAACCCCGAGUGCUGAAGCGAACCCCGAGUGCUGAAGCGAACCCCGAGUGCUGAAGCGAACCCCGAGUGCUGAAGCGAACUCCGAGUGCUGGAGCGUCUGGGUGUACUUGUUGGGGUUGCCUCUAAACUGUCAAUAAAUCAACUUGUUUUUUUUCACACACACCCAGUGGCCACCUAAUACUACGAAUCCCGAGCGCUGUCCACUCAGCCGUCAGGCCCCGUGUGGGAAGCAGGCGGUUGUGGGAGCCUCGCCACACAUAAGCUCAAAACAUCGCCACUGAAGAUGUGAGGUUAUAUGACAGUGGCCUGCAGUCACCAGGCUCAAACCCACCGCUGCCACCAUUACUUGAAGAACACAAACAACUCAGUGUGAGGUUAUCUGAGUCUCACACCACCUCCCACAUUUUGGUUCUUUACACCCAAAGCUGCACAUUUAUUUUUUU